GCGGUGGGGGCCAGACAGGUCUUCAGCUGCUGCCGGCGGAGCCCACCCGGAGUAGUGUCUCGGGGUCAGCAGCCUUCCUGCCUCUCGCUGGUGGGAGGAUAGGCGUUCUUCUGCACCCCCCUUUUUCUUCACCCUGCGCGGGUUUUUUAGAACUUCAGCUAUCAAAAUGGGCAGAAUUUUCCUUGAUCAUAUUGGUGGUACCCGUCUGUUUUCUUGUGCAAACUGUGACACAAUCCUGACUAACCGCUCAGAACUCAUCUCUACUCGGUUCACAGGUGCCACUGGUAGAGCGUUUCUUUUUAACAAGGUAGUUAACCUACAGUACAGUGAAGUUCAAGAUCGGGUCAUGCUCACUGGCCGCCACAUGGUUCGGGAUGUGAGCUGCAAAAACUGCAAUAGCAAACUGGGAUGGAUCUAUGAGUUUGCUACUGAAGACAGCCAGCGUUAUAAGGAAGGCCGUGUGAUCCUGGAACGUGCUCUAGUUCGAGAAAGUGAGGGCUUUGAGGAGCACGUGCCAUCUGAUAACUCUUGAAGAAAAAGAGAUAAAUCCAUCUUUUCCCAGGUCUCCUUCACUGAAAACAAAAAUCUACUUACAUACACUGUCACCUUAGCAUCAGAGUCGGAUUCAUGAACUGCGGAACAAGAGGUUGUGAGAAUCUAAGAUGGAACCUUUCUUUUCUUUUCUUUUUUUAAUUUUGUAUUUUCCAUCCAACAGCAGUGUGUAGAGAGAAUAUUAUGCAGUUGCUGUUAACUUUUUUUCCCUGUGUUUACAUCUUGAGGCAGAAGAGUCUCUGCAGCUAAAUGGUAGGCUAUGUGAGGAAAAAAAUCUGGGCUAUUAGAGUGAAAAAAGUGUGUUUUAUGUAAAUUUUGAAUGGCGAAUAUGUCAAGAGCAUGGUUUUUAAACUUAUUUGGGCUUCAUUUUAAAACUUUUUUUUUUUUUAAACCCAGUUAUUUCACUUGAUUUGCUAGCUUCAGAGAAGAGAUCCGAAUCUGUGCCCAGCGCUAAAGGCUCAGUGUUAGCAUGGCUUGUGCUGGCCCGUGUGCCAUAUUCUUGUUGGAGAUGAACCGUAGCACCAGAGCCCAUUCUUCCUUGUCAGUCUCGAUCCAAAGAUGUCACCAUUCCUAGUUACUUGUCACCACAUAACUGGUGUUGAUUGGAACCUUUUUCUGAAAUGGGGCAGAACUGCUUGGUUGUCUUUUUCCAUGUAACUUAAGCAUAGUAAUAUAAAUAAAGUAAUAGUUGGAUGUUUUUGGUCCUGUGUUGCUUUUAAAAACCUUAUAAAAGAAGAGAGUAUUUGAUAAGUAAUUUCAUAGUGGUUAAGUGUUUCAUUUUUUAAGUUAAAUGGACUACUUAUAAGAUAUUUGUGUAAAUGAAAGCAUACUGUUUUAAAUCCACAGAAUUGCAUUUAGAAAACAGUUGAACAGAAUGUCAAUGUGCAUCCAUGCAGAAAGCAUUUAAUCUGCAUUUGUUUUAAAAGGAGGGGGAAAUGAAGCAGCUUAUCUAAAAAUACUGCUUUACAAAGCUUUACAGUAUUUUUCAGCCGUUCCCUCUUCAGCUGAGCAUUGAUUUCAACAAGUCUGUAGAGCCUGCUAGUUUCAUCAAAGGACUAGAUCUCACAGUAGCAUUAUUUUUUCAGAUCUUCCCUUAGAAGUUUGGCUAUUGAAAUCAAAACUGCCCUUGAAUAGAAAGGGAUCAGAUUUGACUCAGGGUGCUCUGUUAGCCCAAAAUUUAUGACAUUACUAAGUAUUGAAAUGUGUUUCUUUAUCCAAACUACUUCUAGAAAGUCUAAUUCCUUUGUUAGAAUAAAUGACAUUAAAAUUGGCUAAUUAUUUAAAUGAAUGAAUGGAUGGAUGUUUGCAUGUUCAAUUUCUAGGCCUUUGGAAAGGAAAUUUACCUCAGUCAAAUUAGCAAAAUCUUUUUGUCAUUGAGAGAAGUGACUUCUAAGUACAGUUAAGUUCCUCUUACUUGCCUUUGGGCUCUUGGUUAGAGGCAUAGGUAUCUGAUUAAGUGUAGGUAUAGUUAUAAUGUUGCAUUUGAAAUAAGUGGUCACAUAUUCAUUCUCUAUCUUCAACAUGAUUAAGUCUUCAAGCAUUAAGAAAUAGCAUUUCUUCCCAUUGGUUUCCAUCCUGGCCUUUGAUGAUAUGCAGAUUCCUAGUAGCAUGCCUUACCUACAGCACUAUGUGCUUUUGCUGUCAAAAUAAAGUAUAUUUUGUCUUGCA